AUGACUUCUCUGGCUCUUCGCACCAGGGAUCAGCCCGAUAUCCGGGCUAAGAUCAGCAUUCACGACGAGUCCCCCAGUGACAUAAGACAACGGCUACAGAUCGCAAAUCAAACCCAGAGAGCUCUGCGUUCACAACAAUUAUGGCACCCUCCCGAACCAAAUGAUUCGGCACUCCGCCUUGUCCCCCGCAAACCUCGAAACGUGCCUUAUCCUUAUCGUGCUGGUCAGAGCAACGACAAUCCCACGUCCGACCCACAGUGUCAAUGGGACAGGUCCAACAGUCUGAAUUCGCUGUCAACCCUGCACCGUGAAGCUGAAGCUGGAGCGCUCAGCCUGUACAGAGGCUCCCCGAUUUCUGCAAUCAGCCCUCCACCUGUCGCCCCGACCGUGACCGAUUGUCAGCUUCAAGACCCUUGCCCCCCUCGACCACAGUUGAGAAUAGAGACAUUCAGUGAACAACGGAAGUAUCAAAAGGCUCUGAAGAGGUCACUUAAAAAACAGCAGAAGGAAGAGCUCAGACGACAGAAAGACGAGGAGAAAUCGCGGCGGGCGGCAUGGGCUGCCGAAGUUACGGCUGCGCGGAAGAAGGAUGCUGCUGCUCGAGGAGAGACUCUACCACUGCGUAGCAGGACUACCAGGGCUAUUGCAUCUCAGGUAGUGAAGAAUCUGAGCCUGAGAAGGCCUCUCAGCAAACUCAGCCGUCGCGCAAGGUCAGAAAAGGCUGACCCGCCGACUUUGGAUGAUUUCGACAGCAAGGAAGAGAUCCGUGACUAUCUCAACUGGUGUCCCGCUACCCCGUCUACGGCCCUGUCUACGGCCCUGUCUCCGGCCGCGUCUACGGCCCCGUCUGCGCGCCUGUCUGCGGAUAUCGCUGAGCUUCCUGCCGAGCUCCCUCAGUAUACACCAUUCCAAAAUUCCACCCGAACUCAACAUAAUGAGCCUGUCACCCGCUUGAAUGAUGUCCUCCCAGCCAAGGAGAAAGAGAGCGGCAUGCCCUCAAAUCAACCCGAAGUCAGACAGAACAAAUCCCAAACUUCUCCCAGAUCCAUGAGGUGUGAUUCGUGCCAGAGUCCAAUACGGCUGCAUCAAGUGUAUUAUCACUGCUCGAUAUGUGAGGACGGCGAUCGUAUUCUAUGCUCGUCAUGUGAUCAGGCUGGAUGGAGCUGUCGGCAUGAGAUCACAGAAAAGAUACGGAAUGUGUCUCGUGUCGUCUCGCCCGAAGAUCAUGACCUUGCCACUCUGAACAGAGGACGAAGUCGGUCAGAAGCCCAGCAAUAUGCCGCUGCAACGGCAGGAUUGGCCAUGGCGGACUUUUCGAAAGUUCAUAGUCGUCGGACCGAGAGGCCACUUCAGGCGUCGAAAACGAUAGUCAACCCGGGUGCUUGUCCUGAGAUCUCAGCCCUGAAGAAGUCGAGACAUGCCUCGGUGGAGACCGAUGCAUCUACUAGGACAGAUCACGCCAAGGACAAUGAACUUUGGCGACGUGAGCGUGACAUGAUUUUACGUGAAAAGGAGAUAGCCUUACGGGAGAGGGAGACUGCCAUAAGAGAGCAACAAGCCUCACUGAGGGAACAGGAAGCCGUCUUGGCCAUCAAACAACAGCUGUGCACUCUCCAGUCACAGGCAGCCAUGGUGCAGCGAGUGGAUGAGGCGUCAACUGGGAUUGGCUCGCAGUUUCAAGAUCUACCUUCUGAUGACCACGUCAAAAAUCAUGGCACCAAGCGCAAAGCAGGUGGAGAUCGAGCUUCAAUGCCCCUUGCAUCCAACUCCGUGUCCUCGAACCCGCAGACUCCCCUGAAGCGUUCUCCCGGUGGAGGAGGCCGAGAGCCGGAUGACGAAGACGAUGAAGAAUCUGCAGGUACACCCAAAAAGAUCAAACAGACCUUGGAUCCCCUCCGUACUACGGAAAAGUUGUUCGCUUGCCCAUUUGCGAAGUACCACAAGUCCAGAUACUCUGAACAAAACCGUCAUGAGAAGCAGUACCGCGGGUGCUCAAGUGGAUACUGGCCAGAUAUCUCUCGUCUUAAGCAGCACCUUUACCGUGUCCAUUGGCGGAAAAUUUAUUGCGUCCGCUGCUACACCAAGUUCGAUAAUCAGGAUCUGUUACAGGCGCAUCUACGUACCGAGUCGUGCCUUGUGGUAGAUUGUCCGUAUCCAGAAAAGUUUGACGAGGCACAAUAUAACGAGAUUCGACGGAAGCGGCCGGCAAACACCCCGGAGCAAGUUUGGUAUACCAUUUACGGCAUCCUCUUUCCUAAUCAACCGCAGCCAGAGAGCCCCUAUGCUGACAACGUCGACACAUCGCCACAGUCAGCGCUCAGUCCUGCUGCAGCGGAGUGUCAAGAUGCCAUGGAAGCCUUGGGCGAACGCUUCGAAUCUCGGCUAGAUCAGUAUCUUGCAGCUCCGGGGCAAGACUGGCUACGUUCUAUGGAGACGCGCGAGUUUAUCCGUCAACAACUGAGAGUAUCUAUGACAGAGGUACUUGGAAGACUCAAUCCCGCCGGCAGCUUUGUUACUGCAAACCCUUCUGCUGAGGCCUCGCCACAUUCAGCUUUCCCUCCCGACUCGGCACGCCGAAACUCGAUUUCGCUAACGCCCGUCUCGUCGAUCCCUGCGACACCCUUGAAUGGGAACCAGCAACGAGUAACAGAGUCAAAUUCACAUUUCCUGCUUCCAGGGCAUCACCAAUAUUUUAGUCGGCCACUUCCGGCUAGACCGAGACAAGAUGGUUUCUCAGUCGAACAAGCUCUCGCAGUUGAACGGGUGCAUCAACCACCUAGCCAAAGUUUCGCAGUAGGCGAGAGUAUGACUGGCGUCACCGUUCCAGCGUUAUCGAACAUUGACACUCAAAUCGAUACCUAUGAUGACGAGUGUAACAGCUGGAGCCACGGGGAUGAACUUGAUCACACAAUCUUCACUGAUUUCAACUUCGGGUUUGAUACAAGCACAAGCUUACCCUCAGCAAUUGAUGAAGUGAUGCCGUUGCCGUUGCAACCCUCAACGGUACAACCUCCCGCGCUGGCCAAUGGAUUUACUCCGGUCAAGCUUUCCAGUGUGGUUGAUAUGCCUAGUACACCGGGCGCCACCGCCACCUCCCAACUAAAGCCAAAUCACUCCGCAACUUCAUCGAUAGACUCUGGAUAUGGCAGCUUAGGAGAUGGUUCCGUACCCGCCUCUUCUAGCAAUUUCUCUGGGGCGCCCAAAACCAAAGGGAUAAGGCCAAAACGGGAGAACGUGAAAGGAACAGAGGGACAAACACGAAAAGAACCUAGCCCUGUCCCGGAGGAGGACAUCAACUUUGAUGCUUUGGACAUUUCUUUACAGGAGUUUUUGGGCGGGACGGAGAUGGACGAGUUUGCAGACUUGACUGGCGAGAGUCUUUCAAAAUAUCUGGACACGAAGUAUCCAGCUGCUUCGGGGACAGAUCAGAUACUGUGA